GUGUCUAUCUGAAGGAAUGCACGUAACCAGUAACCUCCUCCUAAAAACUCCUAUAAAUCCAUCAGAGAUCUCUGUUCUCUUGUCUUCCUUACUUACUAAUCUCUCAAGUUUAUAAACUGUUUACUCUGUUCUUGGCGUUUUAUUCUUCUGUUGGAUUUCACCAGAUCUCCAAACUUGUGUUUUCUUUUGUUUCUUCGUUUUAUUAACCAUAUAAAGCUAAACCUGAUUUUAUAUUAUUUUAUAUUAUAUUGGUACCAUAUAUAUAAUAAAUAUAAAAGAGAGUGGUGGUGAUAAAAUCUAGUAAUAAUCAAAAUAAGAAUCCAAGAUUAAGUGUUUUUUGCUCAUUGUAUCGCCAGGUGUUGUUCUUAUCGUUGCUGUCUUAAUUCAUUUGAGAGAAGAGUACUUAAGCAACAAAAAGAGUAUUUAAGAUUUGCAGAUCUAAUAAUAAUUAAGAGGUCGUGGUCAUGAGACUUUUGUGAGAUAAAAAGCUCUUUUGUCGUUUUUUUGCUCCUUUCUUUGGGUUGUGAAGACAAGAGACAGAGAACUUGUCGGGAAGUUCUUGAGAUUUUCAAAAUUUAGAAGUUGGAAACUUUCUGUGCAAGAGGGAAGAAAGAAGAAUGGGUCAUUACGCAGCAGUGUGGGAUCAUAAAGCAGCUACUGAGAUGACCAAAGACUGGAACGGCAUUGACCAAGUCUUUCUCCGUAACCCUCAUGGCGCUUCUGCCAAGAUUAGUUUACAUGGAGGACACGUGGUUUCAUGGAGGAAUGACCAAGGCGAAGAGCUCCUUUUCACUAGCAACAAGGCUAUAUUCAAACACCCAAAAUCAAUGCGUGGUGGGAUUCAGAUUUGUUAUCCUCAGUUUGGGGAUUGUGGAUUACUGGACCAACAUGGGUUUGCAAGGAACAAAAUUUGGGUUAUCGAUGAGAACCCACCUCCUCUUAACUCCAAAGAGUCCUUAGGCAAAUCAUUUGUUGAUCUUCUUCUCAAACCAUCAGAAGAGGACUUAAAGCAAUGGCCUCACAGUUUUGAGUUCCGUCUUAGGGUCUCACUUGCCAUAGAUGGAGACUUAACAUUGACUUCUCGCGUUAGAAACGUCAACGGCAAGCCCUUUAGCUUCUUAUUCGCUUAUCAUACUUACCUCUCUGUCUCUGACAUAAGUGAAGUGAGGGUUGAAGGGUUAGAGACAUUGGACUACUUGGACAACCUUAGGAAAAGAGAGCUUUUGACAGAACAAGGCGAUUCAAUAACCUUUGAAUCUGAGAUGGACCGGACUUACAUUAGAUCACCCAAAGUGGUAGCAGUUCUUGACCAUGAACGGAAAAGAACAUAUGUUAUAGGAAAGGAAGGUCUUCCAGAUACAGUGGUGUGGAAUCCAUGGGAGAAGAAAUCUAAAACCAUGGCUAAUUUUGGGGAUGAUGAGUACAAAAGCAUGCUUUGUGUGGAUGGUGCAGCAGUUGAGAGACCAAUCACUUUGAAGCCAGGAGAAGAAUGGACCGGAAGGCUUAUGUUAACCGCUGUUAAGUCCAGUUUCUGCUUUGAUCAACUUGAACUACAGAGCAAAGGAUUCUGAUUCUUACUUACCUCUUUUAGAAUCCCAAUCCUUAAAAAGAAUAUUAUGCUUAUUCCAUUGCAGUUUUUUUUGGUACUGCUACACUGGAAGAGAGCAGAGACAUCAUUUUGUGUUCAGUUUUUCUUUGCAUGUUAAGCUGUUUGUACUUUUAUUAUUCUCACAGUAGAGAAAUUUAUUAUUAGAAACUAAAAUGUCCCACAUCAGUAGUUGCAAGGGAUUCUAAUCAAUAUAUAAGAUAGAUGGGUCACUCUUCUUAUCA